AUGGCCGAAAGAGAAGGGCAUACAAAAAAAUUAGAUCAGUAUAAUUUUUAUCAUGGAUUUUUGCCGAGAGAAGAUUUGUUAUACAUUUUAAAACGUCAAGGGGAUUAUAUCGUAAGGACAACUGAUGUUAGUUUUUUUUUCUGUGCAAGAGUUUUUCUGUAUGCAGAUGCAGAAAUAAUUGUUUCAGCGUCCAACAGCAACUGGUCGGCAGCGAGAUUUGAUUUUGAGUAUCGCGUGGCCUGAAGGAACUGCUCAACUAACAAUAAAUGAUAUUCGAAACAUUGUCAUAAAGCGGUCGUCAAAAGGAAUGUAUUGUAUUGAUAAAAUCGAAAAAUUCGAGACUCUUGAUAAUCUUAUUGGAUUCUAUCAAAAUUCUCCAAUAACAUUGAAAGCCAAAGAUCUGAAAAUUCAAUUGUUACGCGCAAUUCCAUUGUCACAUUGGGAAUAUCGACAUAUUAAUAUAAUACUUUCAAAAAAAGUUGGGCAAGGCGCGUAUGGAGAGGUUUAUAUGGGAAAAGUUCGAAGAUCGAAGACUGGCAAGAUUUUUGAGGCGGCUAUCAAAACGGUAGGAUUUAGGGGCCCCUAGACUAGGGGGAGGAGUAAUUUACAGUCUGGUUUGCCACGUCAUAACUUCUUUUUUUUAGAUGAAAUCUGACAUUGAUGCAAACGAUGAGAAAAUGAAAGAAGUUAUGGGAGAAGCCAGGUUAAUGCGAUCUUUGAAUCACCCAAAUAUAGUUCGAAUGCGUGGAAUUGCGGUCAUGGAACAACCUUAUUAUAUUAUUAUCGAUUUUAUAAGUGGAGGAGGUUUGGAUUCAUAUUUGCGGAAGAAUCGGAAGAAAAUAACGAUUGAUGAGAGAAAUAAGGUGGGGUUUAUUGAUUAUUUAUUUUUUUUUGAACAAAAAUUGAGUUAUUUUCUUGUAGAUGGCGAUUUCUGCUGCUUGGGGAAUUGAAUUUAUCCAUUCGCAAAAUAUAAUUCAUCGAGACAUUGCUGCAAGAAAUUGUUUAUUCGAUAAAGUUCAUUAUGUAAAGCUUUCGGAUUUUGGAUUAUCACGAAAAGGAAAUGAAUAUACAAUGAAAACAGCGCGAAGAAUGCCUACAAAAUGGUUAGCACCCGAAUCUCUUCGAACUUUCACAUUCUAUCAAGCUUCGGAUGUUUUCACCUAUGGUAUUCUGUUAUACGAGAUUUAUACAAUCAAAGAGCCUUAUGAGGAUAUAACGAGCGCUGAGGCGAAAAAACGAACAUUGAGUGGAGAUUAUCCGAAUUUUGAAAGAGAAUCGCCGUUUGAAAUGUAUUCGAUUGUUAGUCGAAUGAUUUAUGUGGAUGAUCAUGAGAAAAGAUCGCCGAUGGCAAGAAUUGUGAAAGCACUGGAAGAUUGGUUGAAGAUGGAGUUGGUGAUUGAGAAAAAUGAGGUUGAUCUUUUGAAUGAAGAAGAUGAUCAGGCUGAGACACCGAUUCAAUCAAAAGAAGAUUCGAUUGGACCUCCACGAUUGAUGAAAAAAUCCACGACCCAGUCAUCAAAAACCAAUCUGAUUCUACCGAAGAUUCGAGAUCCUCCCCCGGUUAUAAUUCUUUCUCCGCCACCCCCGCCACCGCCAACACCAGCACAAGUACCAAUUGUCAGAAGGCCUUCGGUUUUGGUGACUCAGAAACUUUUUGUUCCAACGGUAACUUGGAAUUUUGAAAUAUAUGAAACACUUUGGAAAGCUAAAAAUAUUUUCAGAAAUCUUCAACUCCACUCGUAAUUCUGAAACGAAGUGAUAUGGGUUUGGAAAAAACUCAACCCGAUAAUUCGAUCGAGGAAGAUGAGCCGAAAGUUUCACCAAAACCACCUAUUCCAAAAAUCAAGAAUAGAAGCUCGGACGAUGACACAACUGGAUCAUUGGGAAGUCAAACAUCAUCGGAUAGUCGGAGUCAGAUUGAAAUUGUGAAGUUGAAACCGAAGGAGAAGGAGAGGGAAAUGAUUGGACCGACUUUGAAAGUUGAGAAUAAGAAGGAUGAGAAUGUUGAGAGGAAUGAUUCGACCUAUCAUUGA